CGAGCAGCAUUGAAUUGUGGGUAUCUUGAGUUUCCUCCUCAUAGACUUCCACAGUCAGCUGUUGCGGAGAAGUUUUUGACAGAUUUUCAGAGCUGCCCUAUAGGAGUCUUAUUUUUAGCAUCCGGCCGGGGCUGAAGCUCCUACGUCGACUCCAAGCGUGUUGUCUGGGAGCAUAUUUCCGCGUCGUCAGGAAAACUUUUCGGUCUAUCCUGGAACAGCUGUCAGAAUGAGCCUGAACGAGCACUCCAUGCAGGCGCUGUCCUGGAGAAAGUUGUACUUGAGCCGAGCUAAGCUCAAAGCCACCAGCCGCACUUCGGCUCUGCUGUCGGGUUUCGCAAUGGUUGCCAUGGUGGAGGUACAGCUGGAGCCCACUCACACGUAUCCUCCCGGACUGCUGAUCGCCUUCAGCGCCUGCACCACGGUUCUGGUCGCCGUGCAUUUGUUCGCCCUCAUGAUCAGCACCUGCAUCCUCCCGAACCUGGAGGCCGUCAGCAACGUUCACAACCUCAACUCCGUCAACGAGUCCCCCCACGAGCGCAUGCACCGCCACAUAGAGCUGGCCUGGGCCUUCUCCACGGUCAUCGGCACCCUCCUGUUCCUGACUGAGGUCAUGCUCCUUUGCUGGGUGAAGUUCCUGCCGCUCAAAAAGGAAACCAACACCACCAUCAGCUCCGGCGAGGCGGCGGCCAUCGCGUCCACCUGCAUAAUGGUGCCGUUUGGACUUGUCUUCAUCGUCUUCGCUGUCCACUUCUACCGCACGCUAGUCAGCCACAAAACGGACCGGCAGAUCCGAGAGCUGGACCAGGUCAUUCAGCUCCAGAAACAGCUGAAUCACGGGGCCGAGAACGACGAGCUGAAGGCAGCCGGACAUUUCCCGUAACUGUAACCCAUCGAGUUCAUGCAGACUUCCCUUAUAAAAAGGCUUUUUUUUUUUUUUUUUAAUGUUGAUAUUUCUUCUGAUGAGUCACAGCAUGCAUUUCACAGCUCUAUCCUUUUCUACAUAUUGGAUGUCUACAAAAUUUGAUUUACUUUUAUAUGCAGGGAAUUAAACCAUUUUUAGUUGCCGACAUCCUGACAAGAUAAAAACAUGUGAUUUGUGAGAUAAAAUUUCAAAAGCACUGAGAUGCUGGGGUGGUUUACACAUUUUAUUUGCUAUAAUAUAAAGAUCUAUAUUUUACUCUAGCAGCCAUUUGUUAAUCUGUAAGCAACUGGAUGUGUCACUUUGAGUACCUUCUUGUUGAUGAGGGAAAUGACAAAGUCAGCUGAAGAGGGCAAGUGUGGGUAAUUGUGCACAACAUGCUUUAUUUUAAAUAGAUUUGAAAAUGCCACAUGUUCUAAGAUGAAAACUGGGAUAAGUUGAAUCAAUAUUUCUCUCAAAUUCAGUAUUUUAGGCUGUGUGGAGUCUGCACUAUCUAAUGUAUACCUCUGUCAAAGUGCUGUUUUCUUCUCAGACAUGCUACAGGUUGCUGCAUGUCAAUAGUGCAGCAUUCAGUUUUUCCCACCUUGUUUUCUUGUUAGUUAAUGAGUGAAAUGAUUGCAUUGCAUUUGUUUUUUGUUAUUUUCAAUACGACUAAAUCGCUGAAUGUUUUAUUACCGAACCUGUUGAACUAAAGAACCGUUUUCAGGGUUCACCUCUGGGAUUUACGUUUAGCUUUUUUCAAAAAUUACCAAAGAUCAUUUUUGGGGAAAGACAUUCAGCAGUAUUUGAGAAAAAAAACCAAACAAAAUAUAUAGAAAUGUUGUAUUUGCAGUUCAGGGCAUUGUAUAAUAAAGAUGCCUUUCCUGGACCAUAGUGAUUAGUCCAUGAAAGUAGGUAACCUUUGACCUGCCAAUCAAUUCUGCAUGCACUGCAUUGAUCAAGGAUAAAUUGACUGAUGCAUUUUUGACAAUAAACUUUAAAUAAGUUAAAUAUCACAACAACUGUUAAACUGUUAAUUAAGAACACCCUUUUUUUCUCCAUGUUCUCAUUUUCAUACUGUCCUGUUUGUUUGUUUAAAUCAAAUACACUGUAAAUCAAGAAGUGGUGACUGACUUUAGAGAAAGUGUUCUUGAACAACUUUUGCGGAGCAUCAUAUUGUUUAAAUUGUUAUUUGCAAAUUUGUGUGUUUUGUACAUUUUGUGCAGUAGUUUACAAGCUGAAGCAUGGUUACGGAUUGUUUAUGUUGCAGAAUGUGGCUUGUGUUUUUUUCGUGUCCACAACAAUGAACGCUUCGACGUGGCUGAGGCUGCUGUUGUCUCUCCGUAGCAAAGCUGCAUGAGACGCUGUCUUUACAAAGUUUAUUUCUCUGUGCACUUUGAGUUCUAAUGGUGAUGCCACACUUUGUUGGAAUAUGGUUACACUUUUCUGUUGAUAUCAAGGUUGUGUUAUUUUAUAGGGUCAUUUGCGUAUGUAUUGCUGACAACCUGCUCAUAGGUUGCACAGAGCUUUGUAAUUGUCCUGCUUGUCAUUUUCAGUAUUUAAAUGUUUUAAUUUUCACUUUUGUCAUUUAGUCAAACACCAAAAACUCACAGGAAUGCAUCAGUGCCUUACCAAAUGUCUGGUUGCGAGGUAAUUACUCACAGAAUUAAUCAGAAAGCAAUCUUCCGUGACACUUUUCCUUUCUGUGCUUAUUUAUUAAAUCGAGUGUAUGCCUACUGUGUGUUUUGAAAGCACGGCUUGAAGGUACGGUUCAUUAAAUGCUCUGUUUCCAGUUUCGC